AUGUUCCACGUUCACCCUUACCUUCACGCAAAUCAGCCCUUGUCUCAACUACAGCACCACCACCGCUAUUUCUGGUGGAGGCGAUGCAGUCGUGCUGACGUUGACGGCACCGACGAGGCAUCGUCAACGACGUCGUCAUCGGCACACACAGCACACACUUCGAUGAGCACUAAGUUCAUCAAAGUCUACCGCAUUAAUAAUUAUCGCAUACGCGCAACAGAUUUUCAAGAAGCACACGGUCACAAUAUAGAAGGCGAAAAGAAAUUUGUACAAGCCGAAAACUCUGGAAAAUUCAACGAAGCCGCAGGCGAAAAGAAAACGCAAACGGACGCAGCAAAAUUUUCCGACGAAAAUUUUCACAAGCAACAAGGCGGUUCUACUGUUGAUACCGGAAAAAAUACGGCUUACAAAAAGGGACAUCACAAGGCAGGAUUUCACAAAAGUUAUAACAAAGACGAAAGCGGUAGCGAAAGCAGUUUCUUCGACGACGGUAGCGAUGAAGGAGGCCAUGUGUACCGAAAUAACCAGAAAGGUCAAUAUGGAGACCAAGCAGCCCAUCAAAAACAUGGAGGACAUUUAGAUGACAGAAGGUUUGAAAAUGAAAAGGAAAAUCGCGGAGCCUACAGCAAAGGGGACAUGUACCAUAAAGAUUAUGAUGACAGAAAAGCGCAUGAUACGAAAAAAUAUUACGAUGGGCACGAAAAAGUAGAAAAAACAGGAGUAAAUGACAAUCAUGCUCUAAGAGGGGACAAAGGUUAUUACGAAGAAAAACACAUCCCAUAUACACAUCACCAUCCCCAAGUGCCACACGUAUCCCAUGACCCUCAUGUUCCGCAUGUACCCUACCACACCCACGAUUACGUACGACCUUUACCAGCGGAGAAAACCAUAACAAUUUACGAAGAUCCCAGAGUUUACGUGAAGGGAGCUGCCCACGAUAGAGCCCAAGGAGAUAGAAGCAAUAUUAAACUUGAUAUUCGGCCUCCACCACCCGCAUAUCAUUAUGAUGAUCCUGCAUACGAUUAUUAUUAUUAA